AUGGAGGGGGCUGGGUGGUCUCCACACCUCGAGGGCGUGCUGACCCCGCAGAAGGCAGGGCCAGUUGGGGGCAAGGAGCUUGGCGGGAGGGGCAUCGGCGGGACCCCUGCCCGGCCAGGUGGGGCCGCGGGGAAGAACAAGGUCCGCGAUGCCCCCGUCCCCCAAAUCGCCCCAUUUCGGCCCUCGCUGUGCGGGUCUGCUGUCCGUGUACGCAUGCCGUGUGCACGCCGUGUGCACGCCGUGUGCACGCCGUGUGCACGGGAGGGCGGGUGUGAAUCCACCACGGCAACCAUCACAACCACAACCGCCACAGCCACCACCGCCAACAUCGCCACAGCUGCCGCCAUGAGAGGCGUCUCUAGGCGCCUUCUGCUGGGCUUUCUAGCCUUGGCCAUGGCUUCCUGGGCUCAGUCUUCAAGCACUACGAUUGUGACCACCACUACAACCACAACUCCGACAACAAUCACGACAACUUCUACAGACAUAACCUCCAGUGCGGUCACAACUUCACCUGCAGGCAACAUAACCUCUACAGCCGUAACCUCCAGUGCAGUCACAACUCCACCGGCAGGCAACCCAACCUCUACAGCCGUAACCUCCAGUGCCGUCACAACUCCAACUGCAGACAACACAACAUCUACAGUCGUAACCUCCAGUCCACCUGCAGACAACACAACCUCUACAGCCGUAACCUCCAGUCCACCUGCAGACAACACAACCUCUACAGCCGUAACCCCCAGUCCAACUGCAGACAACACAACCUCUACAGCCGUAACCUCCAGUCCAACUGCGGACAACACAACCUCUACAGCCGUAACCUCCAGUCCAACUGCGGACAACACAACCUCUACAGCCGUAACCUCCAGUCCAACUGCAGACAACGCAACCUCUACGGCUGUAACCUCCAGUCCAACUGCAGACAACACAACCUCUACAGCCGUAACCUCCAGUGCGGUCGCAACUCCAACUGCAGACAACACAACCUCUACAGCCGUAACCUCAAGUGAGGUCACAACUCCAAUUGCAAACACAACGACCCCUGAUAGCACCACACCUGCAGGUCAGGCUGACCCCUGCAAUUUUAUAGACUGUGGACAGGCCCUGUGUCAGAAAUUGAACUCCACGGGUUUCUGCUUGUGUCCUGAAAGAUUGUAUUUCAAAAGUUCAACUUGUUAUUCAGGUAGAAGUUUCUCUGGAAUGGUCAACAUGGAAUCAAAUUAUGACCCCAAGAUCCACAAUAAAGAGAGCAAGGAAUAUCAAGAUCUCUUUAACACUCUGAUGGAGUUUUUUGUUGCUGCGUUCAAAAAUGAGAGUGAUUAUGGACAGACAGUGAUUGUGAAGGUGGAAACAGUCAGGUGA